CAGAAGGUGGAGCCGAGGGGCGCAUGCAGAAACCAAACCGACUGGGUGUAAAGUCCAUCGACUGCAGCGGGUCGACUGUGUCAAAACUUCACCGUGACUCUUUUAAUUUGAAGUUAUUUCCAUAUUUUUGAUUAAUCAUAAUGGAGAUUCCAGUGUAUACGGUCGAUGCCUUUACUAAUUUACCGUUCAAGGGAAACCCCGCGGCAAUUUGUCCACUUAUGCAUGAACUGAGCGAAGACUUGUAUCAGAUGAUAGCAGCAGAGAUGAACCUAUCGGAAACAGCUUUCAUCACCAGGAUCGACCCCUCUGACGAUUUUACCACAGGAUCCAGGUUCCGACUUCGAUGGUUCACACCAACCACAGAGGUGGAUCUGUGUGGUCAUGCCACUCUGGCCUCUGCAGCAGUGAUGUUCAAGCAUAAGAAGAAUGUGAAUCCUAAAGUGGUGUUUGAGACCAGGAGUGGAGAUCUGACUGUCACCGAGCAGGGGGAAGGGUACGUCAUGGACUUUCCUCUCAACCCGCCCACCCAGGAGGAUGCCAAUGAGUUCAGUGACAUCAUCAAGGUUGCAGUUGGAAACCACCCAAUCCAGGAGGUUUAUCUGUGCGCCAACACCAAAAAACUGAUGGUUCGACUGGCUGACAGUUGUGACAGGUCAGUGCUAACUGGUCUGAAAGUCGACCCUGUUGCUCUCCUGAGCAGCGAGAGAAGUGGAAGAGUCAAAGGACUCAUCAUCACCAUGAAAGGAUCACCGGAUAACCAGCCUGGAUACGACUUCUACUCCAGAUACUUCGCUCCAUGGAUGGGCAUCCCUGAGGACCCCGUCACUGGUUCGGCCCACACCGUGCUGGGCAGCUACUGGUCUAAGAAGCUGGGAAAGAAAAAAAUGCUGGCGUACCAGUGCUCCAGUCGAGGCGGAGAGCUGGAACUAGAAGUGAGAGACGACGGAAGAAUCAAUAUAUUUGGACGGUCCGUUACUGUGCUGCAGGGAACAAUCACACUAUAGGCACAGCCACACACGAGCUCGGAGGGCUGGGCAUGAUGGGACAGUCAUUAUGUAUCCACACAAGCUUUGUGCCAUGACAUUUAAAAAACUAAAAUAAAAUGAGCCAAUAUCAAUAAACAGGGUCCAGACCGAUCAAUCUAAUACUGAAACAUCACAAAGCAUACCAACACAUUACACGAUGGAAAAAUCUCUCACGCUUUGAUAGUAUUGGUAUUAUUUAUUUUCAUAUCGUAAAAGCAGAAGUUUAAACAAAAUUCAGACACAAACAAGUUAAACUAGAAUGGGCACUCGGUAGAGCGCAUACCUUCGCAUAUCACAAGAUUGGGCAUUGAAUUAUGAACGUUUUGGCAUUAGUUGCAUGCCAAUUGGACAAAAAUGUAUCGUGCUAUGGUAAAAAAAAAGAUGUUGACCUUUCCAUGACCUUGACCUUUGACCCGAUUGAUCCCAAAAUCUAAUCAAAUGGUCCCCGGAUAAUAACCAAUCAUCCCACCAAAUUUCAUGCGAUUCAAGAAGAUUUUGACCUGUUCAUGACCUUUGACCCGAUCGAUCCCAAAAUCUAAUCAACUGGUCCCCGGAUACUAACCAAUCAUCCCACCAAAUUUCAUGCGAUUCGGUUCAAUACUUUUUGAGUUUUGCGAAUAACACGCAUACAAAUAAAUAAAUAAAUAUACGGCGAUCAAAACAUAACCUUCCGCAUUUUCAAUGCGAAGGUAAUCAGAGGUUUCAGUUUGCCAACAUGUACUAAUAAUUAAAAACGUAUUCAUUAGUUAAAUUAUCAGAUAAUCAGCAUUAAAUUACAUUAGAGCAGAAAAUCUGUGGUUUCAAAUCUGUACUGUGGUCGAUUCACAGAUUAAAACAGUUAUAUACAGUUGAGCCACUCACAAGAAAUGAAACCCAACAAUCACCUCAUCAAUUACAUUUACUGUAACUUUUGAAGUCUAAAGGUUUUAGCCUGAUAAACCUUCCUGAGCUCAUCCGAGUGACGUGAACUAUACACAGGUUUGUUUCUCCAUAUUCACAACCAGUGACUGUGUGUGGGGUGUGCCUGUAAAUGCUUAGAGAAAGUACCAACAGUGUAUUGUCAGUGUAUAGAUAGAGGUAUUUGAGCAAAAGUAUCAGUUUAGUGUAUUCCUAGUAUAAUAUAUCCAUAAUCCACCAGUGACGGGAUAUAUUACAAUUACGUGUGCAAAUAUUGUAGCUGUUCAGUGUCUAGUACCUUGUUUCACCACAUAGACAUUAACUAUUGAUCCUUUUAAAACUGUAAAUUAAAUGUGUUGAGACUUUUAGCUGUGGCCUAAAAAUCUCCAACAAAGCUUGCUGAGGUUCAGUCUGGAGAAAAAAGGAAAAAAUGCCAAAUUAAAAUCAGUCUAUUAAUACACUUA